CACCGCCGUGCGCCGUGCCCUUCAGCCCGGCGCUCUGAGGAGAAGGUCGGCUGCUCAGGCGGCCGCGGUGCCGGUGGUGCCGGUGCCGGUGGUUUUUCUUGCCGUGGGGAGGCCCGGGGUGAGGCCUCGCGUGGAACCGGCCUCAAUAUGAUGAGCGGACGGCCGGGCCGAGUGCCCUUACAACUCGUGCCGGAUGAGGCGCGGAGCCUGCCUCCGCCCAAGAUGACGGACCCGCGGCUGCUCUACACCGGCUUCCUGGGCUACUGCUCGGGCCUGUUAGAUAACGCGCUGCGCCGGAGGCCGGUGAUGAUCACGGGUUUGCAUCGCCAGCUCCUGUAUGUUACUUCCUCUGUUUUUGUUGGAUACUAUCUUUUUAAACGUCAAGACUAUAUGUAUGCAGUGAGGGACCAUGACAUGUUUGCAUAUAUGAAACGGCAUCCAGAGGAUUUUCCUAAGAAAGAUUAUAAAACUUACAGUGAAAUUCAUGAAGAAUUCUACCCAGUGCGUUGAUGUCCUGAACAACUUGCUCCUGUUUCACAAGACCUGAGUUUUUCUGAAUUUUAUGGAAUAACUUUUCAUGACAGUUGAAGUUCAUGUUAUUCUGUCUGUAUGGAGUAAAUUAAAUCAUCAUUAUGAGUA